AUGAUCAGACCACAAUCAGUCACUAAACGAGUUCAUUUAGCAAGAUUUAAAGUUGCUCGCAAAUCACUCAAUCGUAGAACAGUUACACAUCGUCCAAAUCUCUCCUCCAGCUUGAAAUUUAGAGAUAAUAGACAAAAGGGAAUCUUCAACAAGGAUUGGGCCGUCCAGACAAUUCCAACACAUCACUAUUCUAAUGCUAGACCAAGUCUCAUCUGUAAGAGGGAAAAAUUUCGUCUUGCAACCAUUAACAAGAAGGAAUGGACCACAAAGAAGGCAUUGGUCAGUCGUCAGGGAAGAGAAAGAAUUCAAAUGAUUCAAGAUUCCAAUCGUGUGAAUAAUUUGAAACAAAUUGAUAGAAUGUUACUUUCUUACAGGAUGAGAAUGCUUAACAAGUUGAACAAGUUACCAACCACUGGUCAAUCAGCACCUCCUCCACCAACCAAAACUUCCAGCAGUUCAACUCCUGUCAAUAAGAAGGGUAUUGUUCCAUCUCAAAGUACCUUAAAACAAUUGAAGAAAAUUGUUCAAAAGCAUAUGGAAGAAGUGAAAGGAGGACCAAAUAUUCCAAAAAAGAGUUCCUCUCAAAAAACAGUUAUCAAAAAGUAA